AUGGCGUCCUCCGCCUUGCCAAAGGCGCAGGUGAUUCCCUUGCAUUUCUGGGAUGACACGGCCACCUUUCGCGCGGUAGUCAUGUACUUUAUGAUGCGCUUCAACGCUCCACUCUGCCCUUUGAAAUUGCAGGCGGCGCUUGCGAAGCUUCUAGCGCGCGACGGAUGGCGCAAACUGGGAGCACGCCUGCGCCUGAACAAGGCAGGCCAUCUCGAAUAUCAUGUGCUCAUCGAAACGGAUGACCAGAGGCGGGUGCUGCGGUUUCACCAUGAAAAGUACGAAAUGGCCAUCGCUCAGCACCCACUAGCAUCGAGACUUCCCAAAGCCUCGUCGCAGCCUGAGAUCGUUGGUCGUGCUGAGGACUUUCUCUCGCUCAUGCGUCAACCGCACGACCCGGAGAAGCUGGCAGACUACCUCUCCGAAGACGAGCCCAUUCUCGGCCUUCACGUCGUUUCCUUCUCUGAUGCCACCAUUGUGACGCUCAGCUGGCCGCAUGUCGCGCUGGACGGUAUGGGACGCAAGGCUCUCCUUGACGCUUGGUCGCUUGUGCUGCAGGGCCGAGAAGAUGAGGUCUCUGAAUUCCAUGGCUUCGACGAGGAUCCGUUAGCGACGCUGGGGACCAAUCCGACUGAGGCGUAUGUGCAUGAGAGAAAGGCAUUUCGCUGGUGGGACAUGCUCGUUUUUACGUUCCGUUAUCUGGUUGAUCAGAUUUUCUGGCAACCCAAGGACGAGAGUCGAGUCAUCUGUCUUCCAAAGUCCUUUGUCCAGACCUUAAAAGCGCAGGCAGCAGCCGACAUUGCUGCAGAGCAACCUAGCGCAUAUGUUAGCGAAGGGGACGUCAUCAGUGUUUGGUGGACGCGGCGAAUUGUCUCAUGUACCCCAGUGCGGCCAUUUCAGACUGUUGCGCUCAAUGUUGCAUUUGGACUGCGAUGGCUGCUUGCCAAAGACCUCCUUCCCGCUGCCAAGGCCUACGUCUCAAAUGCAGUGACCUUCGUGCCAACUUUUAUGCCGGCCAAGGACGUUUUGAACAAAUCUCUGGGGCAAGUGGCGCUCGCUGUGCGCCAGUCUCUCAUCUCUCUGGGCACACGAGAACAAGUGGAGGCUCGCCUGGCCAUUGAUCGAGCUGCACAAGAGAAGACGGGGGGCGGGGCUCUAUUUGGAGACCCCUGGAUGCACAUGGUGGUCUGCACAAAUUGGAUGAAGGGCAGUUUCUACGACGUAGACCUUUCUGCCGCUGUGAUCGGGGAUUCUUGCAGCGGAGACAAGGAAAGACAGCAGGGACGACCAUCCUACAUUCAGCUCCACUCAUUUGCUCGUGGUUUCUCCCUGAUCAAUGGAUUUUCGAUUACUGGCAAGGACACUGCAGGAAAUGUAUGGCUGCACUCAGUCCUGCGAAGGGAGUACUGGCAGCGGAUCGAACAGGAUCUAAGAAGCAUCCGCGACGAAGCCAGGAGACACUCUUGA